UAUUGUUUGAUCACUCCUAUAGCGAUACAAUUCGAAUCAUGGCGUGCAGUUCAAUUCACCACCUCAUUUCCAACUCUACUCUUCGGUGUUGUUAUGCUAUUACUCCUUCCUGAGAGCUUCGGAUUUCUGAUUACGAAAAGGAGAGCGACAGAGGCAAAGAAAUGGAUCCAGCGGGCGAACCGAUGGGGUGGAAGCAAUUUUGAUUGCGAUGUACUGAAAACUAUUGAGAACGAGACCGCUCGAGUACCGGAAGAGAAGAAUCUCACGGAAAGCCUC